ACGAUUUGAUAAAGUCAUGAACGUUAGCUAAGAAAUUUCACUGUUUUUUUAAGCACACAAACUUAAUAACAAGUACAUUAUAUUUCUGGCUCUAAUAUCUAAAAAUUGCAGGUUUUCUUUUUUUUUUUUUUACUAACAUUCUACAAAAAACAAAAGACGUUUGGUAUACAGACCCUAGGACAAUAUGGAGCCGUUCCAUGGUAAUGGAUUGUGCCCACAAAAUGAGGGUUACACACCACAGCAACAACAACAACAAGAACAGGUAAUGGUUGUUGGAAACUGUCUACUGAAGCCGCAGAUACGCCCAGUGGUAUGGCAAUCUACGCCAGAGACAGCGGCCAGCAUGAAGGUCUUCACAUCGGUCAUGUUACGUGCUUGGCGCCAAAGACGAGAGGAUGUUAGGCAAUUACGGGAAGUGGUAGAAGGUCUUCAGAGAAAAUCAAUGGAAUCUAAAAAUCAACUUCAUGUUUAUGCCACAUUAAUGCGCGUCGAACAAAAACGUAAUAGUGAACUGCAAUUGCAAUUAAGACAGUCCCACUUGAGUAUCACUGAAGUGCGUGCGUCCUGUGCGAGCCUAACAACAUCUGUUUUAACUCUGACAGCUGAUAAAAUGCAUCUACAGCAAGAACUAGAUAUACGCCAAAAGGAGCACGACCAAAUGCAAAAAGUUGCAAAUCAAACAAAAAACAAUCUUUUUGAUUCUCUUAUGGAGCAACGCAAUCUUCACAAUGAAUUGGCCAAGGAACAACGAAAUAGUCACCGUUUACAGUACGAGAACAAACAACUUUUAGAUGAAGUUAUGAAAAUACCAAAUAUGAAUAAUGAAUUUAAACAAUUAGAGGAUAAAUAUAAACUGGAUUUGCAGCAAAAAGACGAAAUGCUGAACACACUGCAACAAAAUCUUGAGGAGAGACUGCAAGAAGUCAUUAGCAAAAACAAUGAGCUGGACCAGCUACGCGAUAAAGAGCGCGAGUUGACCGCAAAAAUCGCUGAGCUCCUCCAACAAAUUGAGGGUCUUCAGUCCUCGAAUUGCAAUUUUAUGAGUGUUGCAACAAACACCAGCAGCAGCAUCAUACAGUUCUUUCCAUUUGAACAGUAUCGACUCGUUUGGGGACAAUUCCGCAAUUAUACAUCAAACGUUUGGUGUUUGUGCUCCAUUUACUUGUUUCCCAAAAUGCAUAAAAAUGCUAUAAAGCAGUGAGAAAACCCCACAGAAAAACAGACAUACAUACUAACAUACGUAAAUAUGUAUAUGCUAGCUAUCAUUUGUAUAAAAUAUUAGUAAAUUUUUUUCUAAAAAUGUGUAAUAAUAAUAAAAAAUUUUUGCAAAAGAAUGGGCAAAUUGCUCGGCAAUGCCGCGUA